CCACUCUGGGGGAAACUCUCAUGCCUCGCCAACCACCGCGAUCUUUGUUGACCUGCUCACCUCCAGUCCGCACCUCAACUCCGACGCUCCCUUAUUAUCUUCUCUGAGCAACAAAUAGCUUCUCAAAGCCCACCCCUCCUUCUAGGUCUUUCUUCUCGUCGCAAUCGUCUCGCCCUCAAUCCCUCCACCGUCCCCCUUCACACACACCGCAGCCAUGAUCUUGCGGAACGCCUCCCUCCUGACGGCUCUCCUAGCCUCAUAUACACUCGCUGAUGUUGCUAUACUCUCUCCCAAGCCUGGAGAUACAAUCACUGGACUAUCAUUAGACAUUGAAUGGGAAGACUCUGGCAAGGCUCCGGCAUUAAAAGAUCUGGCUUCAUUCCAGGUCUUUCUUUGUGCUGGAGGGAAUACGGAUGCCAACUAUAUCCAACUGGCCACUUUGGUGCAGGCCGGUGACUUUGCUGACGCCAGCACCGUUCGAGUGCCCUUGACCGCUGGCUGGGGAGGAGACGAUAAAAAUGCAUAUUUCCUCAAGUUCAUUUCCGCUGCAACAGGGGGAACCGUCAUCAACUAUUCGGACAGAUUCACCUUGGCUAGCAUGACAGGGACAUUCCCAGCGUCUGUACAAGCAGGCCUGCGCACUGUUACGGGCACCGCUGGCCCGGUAGACGUCAACAACGUCCAGGCGGCUGCAGCCCCUGCCCCAGCCGUUCCUUCGGCGGGUGCCGAGGAAUAUAACGUCCCUUAUACCCUCCAAAGUGGGAGCAUUCGAUAUGCUCCCAUGCCCACCAAGGCGGGGACAAAAAUCACUGCCAAGAAUCCCAAGAUGCAGUUUCCUACCAGCGCAUAUACCGUCUACAAGAAGGUCGCGGGACCACCAGAUGCCGAAUCGACCUUGACGGCACCAGAGACAUACACAGUUAAAAGUGUGGAACCCACGAUUCCUCCUGCUGCCAUGCCGGCCGACGGCAACGCGCAAAAGUUUUUGAAUCGCUGGCGAGAUUGAUCAAUGCCGGACCUGGCAAUAUAUAGUGCAUCAUCAAGGCGUUGGUUUUCUGGUGGCGUUGAUGUAACAAUUAGUAGAGCAGGGAUGAUUUGGCAAACCGUGUCAUGCAGACCGGAGAUCAUAUAUAACGAAUCGAGAUACCACCUGUGAGGAAUCACAAGGGAUGAAAACCCACAACCUAUGCACACC